UAACAAACCCCAGGGGUCGACGAGACUUUCAUGCGCUCCCGUCCCGCAAGCUACGACUUCACCUUUGCAACGCGACUUCGUGCAGCCACGGGGGCCUUGGCCAAGAUUUCCCGCAUAUCGCUUUACUUGAAAUCACAAUGGCUUCGUCAACCAAGAUCUUUUCCCUCGAAGGGAGGGGUCUGAAACUGGACACUGCUGAGGAUUUGGAGCCUCACAUUGCCGAUCUCCGCGCCAUGGCAGAUGUCGAGGAGGUGCACUUGCUCGGCAACACUCUGGGUGUCGGGGCAUGCAAGCUUCUUGGCGAGGUGCUUGCGACGAAGAAGUCACUGCGGGUUGCCAAUCUCGCCGACAUAUUCACCGGCCGCCUCCUCAGCGAGAUUCCCGAAGCGAUCUCCUCCCUCCUCACCUCGAUUCUUAACCUUCCGAACCUGAACACCGUCAACCUCAACGACAACGCGUUCGGCCUCAACACUCAAGCACCUCUUGUCGCAUUUUUGGCGGAACAUGUGCCCCUCCAACACCUCUACCUCAACAACAACGGCCUCGGCCCGCACGCUGGCAUCCUGGUCGCCGAUGCGCUCUCGGAGCUGCACGCAAAGAAGGAGGCGGCGCGCAAGGCGGGGCAGCAGGUACCCGACCUCGAAACCGUCAUCUGCGGUCGCAACCGGCUCGAGAACGGCAGCAUGACGGCGUGGGCCAAGGCGUUCAAGCUGCAUAACAAGGUCAAGGAGGUCAAGAUGGUGCAGAACGGCAUCCGUCAGGAGGGCAUCUCGCAUCUGCUGAAAGAGGGUCUUCGCUAUGCCACGCAGCUCGAGGUCCUGGAUCUGCAGGACAAUACGUUCACGCUGCUCGGUGCCAGGGCUCUGGCCGCUGUCACCCCCGGCUGGACCGAGCUGGUUGAUCUGGGCGUUGGCGACUCGCUGCUGGGCGCUAAGGGCGGUGUGGUGCUCGCCAAGGCGCUCAAGAAGGGGAAGAACACAAAGCUCAAGAUCCUGCGGUUGCAGUACAACGAGAUUACCUCGUCCGGCGUCAAGGCGCUCGCCGAGGCCGUGGAGGAGGCACUGCCGGCGCUCAGGAAGCUGGAGCUCAACGGCAACAAGUUCACCGAGGAUGACGAGUCCAUCAUUGCACUCCAGGACCUCUUCGAGGCGCGCAAGGAGAAGCAGGCCGGCGACGUUGUCGUCGAGGAUGAGUGGGGUCUUGAUAGUCUGAGUGACCUGGAGGAGGAAUCUGAGGGCGAAGAAGAAGAGGAGGAGGAGGAGGAGGAGGAGGAGGUUGAGCCCGAGGAGAGGGCCGAGAAGCUUGUCAAGGAGGCCGAGGAGGCGCAACAAGAGCCUGUCGCUCAGCGAAAGGACAAAGAAGUUGAUGAGCUAGCGGAGAAGUUGGGCAAGGCCGAGAUUUGAGGGACCGGGCCACAGGUAGGUGGCAGCAGUCACUUCCAAGACCACCCCAUAGAUACAGACGAUACCCCAACACCACUUGUCAGAUACGAGUCUG